AUGUUUAUUAUUGAAUUCAAUUAUUUAGAACAACUUUCUCCCAUCAAACCUAGAAUUAUGGGUACAAACAAUUUGGAUGAAUGGGUCGAGAAGGGAUCUCUUGCUAGAAGUCGAGAAUUGACUCAUUCGCAUAGAAAUAAAUUGAAACCUCUGGUUCCUAGAUCUAUCGAAAGACCUACUAUGGGAUUAUAAUCUAAUAGAAAUUUCAUAGCUACAAACAAGAUUGAUGCUAUUCUCAAAUCUCCAAAACAAGAAGAUGAAGAAUUGAAUUGGUUAACCAAAAAAGAUUAUGGACAUAUUCCAUUAUAUUUAAGUUAAAUCAAAGAUCACCUCUAAUAAUCUUAUUUAGAAGAAUAAGAAAAUGUUAAGCGAUAAUUGGAAGCACAAAAUGAUAAAUUAUAAUUAUUGUCUGAAGAAGAAUUAAAAUAAAUUAGGGAAGGCUUGAAAUAAAGAUAUGAUGAAGUUAAUAAACAAUAUCAAUAAUAUACUCAUCUUAAAAAGUUUGACACUGUUGGGUUGAAAAGAAGAAAGGAAUAAUUCGAAAAAGAGUUGAUCUAACUAGAAAAAGACAUGGAUAAAUUGAAAAAACCAUAUGUAUUUGUAGGGAAAUGA